AGAGUAUAGUAAUCAAAGUCAGCUGUUAUACGCAUAACAAUUUAAGUGGCAGAAUUUUUUCAUUGUUAUUUCACAAAAAGUAUAGAAUAAAUUAAAAAUUAAUUAAAUAAAUUUGUGCAAAAUAUAAAAUAGAAUAAAAUUGUUUAAAAUUUCGAAGGAAAAAGCAAGUUUUUUAUAAAGAAAGUUAUAAAAAUAAAAGUGUUAUAAUAAAAAAAAGUAAAUAAAACGAAAGAGUACAAAAUCCAAGGGGAAUUAAAGCAUGUUGUUAUAAUAAUAAUACACUGUGAGAAUUAGGUUAUUUAAGUGAUAAAAUACACUGUAAAUACUUAAAUUAAGGGUUAAUAGACUGUUAGUAAUAUACAAGUGAUAUAUUUAUCAUAACUUUUCAUUUUAUUGGUGUUACUAGAUUUAUUAUGAUUUGUUUUUACUCUGCCAUUCUCUAACUCAUUUACAUAUAAUUUUGGUUUGUAAGAAGAAUAAUAUUUAUUGAUAAUUGUAUAUAAUCUACUAAAAAGCAACAAAUAUCUACUUAUUGGCUGAAAAGAAAGAAAAUAAUAAAUAUUAUUCUAUUAUUGAUUUAUAAUUACGAAAUAGUAUAAAACAAUUCAAUUAUAAAUGUCGUCUAGUCUAAAGUAUGUUGGUUUAACAGUUUUAAGAUCAACAAAUUUCAAAACAACAACAAGUUUAUCAAUUACUACUAAAUUAACCGCCACCGCAACAACAACAACGACACGCAAUUAUCAUUUACUCUCUGCUAUUGAUCUAAAUAAUUGGAGAACCCCAACUCAACAGCAACAACAAAAAUUACCUCAAACAGCUGUCAAAAAUACUUCCUUAUUAAAACUAAUAAACAAAAUAGAUAAAACCUGCCUGCCAUUAAGUACUUUUCAUAAAUAUAAAAACAUAAUGGAUGCUCCGCCUGGCUUAUUUAAGGGUUCUUUGGAUCGUUUUAAUGGCAUCACUGUAGAUUCUGCUGUAGAAUUUAAUCCAGAGGAUAAUUUUGCUGAAAAAUUAGAAAAAUCUUUGGCCUAUUGGCAGGAACAGAAAAGACGUGCUAUUUGGUUUCAUGUUAAAACGGAACAUUCCGAAUGGGUGCCACAUUUAACCAAGAUGAAUUUCGAAUUUCAUCAUGCCAAAAACGGUAUGGUGGUCCUCAAUCGUUGGCUACCGGAGGAUGAAUACCCCAAUCUACCCGUUUAUUCGCAUACCAUGUUGGGCGUGGGAGGUCUAGUAGUGAAUGACAAAAAUGAAGUGCUCGUGGUAUCAGAACGUUUUGCCCUCAUACCCAACAGUUGGAAAUUGCCGGGAGGUUAUGCUGAGCCCCAUGAAAACAUAGUGGACGCCGCCAUACGUGAAGUACGCGAAGAGACAGGUGUAGAAAGUGUUUUCAACACUGUCAUUAGUAUGAGACAUGCUCACGGUGGACCCUUCGGUUGUUCCGAUAUCUAUUGUGUGGUGGCCCUAACACCUACUUCUUUGGAAUUGCAGCGCUGUGAACGUGAAAUAGCUAAAGUUAAGUGGAUGCCUUGCGAUGAGUACUUACAACAUCCCAAUGUUCAUGAGACCAAUAGACAUUUCCUAAGAUGUUUUCUGGAUUAUAAAAAACGUGGCAUACGUUUCACCUGUGAAUUGGCCCAACAUCAAAUAUUGAAAAAGGAAUAUUGUUUAUAUUACAUGAAGGCAAUUGAGGAGGGGGAGAGCGAGAAGAAUGGUAAACAGCAGGAUUCCCGGGAAUUGGACAAACUGUAACAUUUGUUAAGACAAAUUAUGUUUUAUGUUAUAACAUAAAUGUUUUUAAUAGCUGUAGAAAAAUGUUUUGUAAAAUAUUGCUAAAGAAAAGCUGUGCUUUUAUUUUAUAACUUUUAUAAAGGAAUUGUAAGUGAAAUUUGUUUAGCUAAAAAUUGUUUAUUAAAUUUGUAUAGUAAAUUUUAAAAAUGUGAAAAAAAAACAAAACUUUUAAUUUUUAUAAAUAAAACUAUAAAAUUGUUAUU